AUGAGUCAUCUUGCGAAGAUGGAGGCCAUCAACAUAACUGCUUUACCGGUGAUGCCUGUAGAUGAGCAACUGGCUGUCUCACUCGUUGCACGGAAUGCAAUGGAGAACACUGUGGGGCAGGAUUUAGAGGACAACCCACUCUCAUGCCUUAUUGGCUCCAUGCACCAGGUAAACCAGAAAAUUGCUGAAAUAGAUCUGCAUCUCAACCCGUUGGACAAUAGCCUGGCCAUUGAGAGAUUUGAGUUGGAGAAGAAUGCUUUAGAAGAGAAAAGUCACAGCAGCCCAGGAGACAGAGUUAAGAGACAAAGAAAAGCACAGUAUUCCUGCAAAGGCUCACAACUCAGGAAUGCUAAAUCUUGUCCUAUAAAAAGGAAAACCGCAGAUAAAAAUCUGCUAGCAGAGCUGUACCAGUAUCCCAAAUUUAACAGCUCUAAACCAAAUAAUCUUCCGAAUGGGGUGGACUUCUGUGACAUGGUGGGCAAUGUGGUCCGGGCGGAGAGAAAUCCCCUUAGCGGCAAGCCUUUCUGUUUAAAUAGAGAAUUAGAGAAGUUUCUCUCUUCUCCCUCUCCAAGAGCUAUAUGGCUGGAUAGCUUCUGGUGGAUUUUUCAUGAAAGGUACCAGCCCAACAAGGAGAUCCAGAACAAGCUGUUUGACCGGAUAGCCCAGAACUACGCCCGCCUUUUGUUUCAUGCACCCAGGUCCCACUAUGAGGAGGCAAUCAUAAAAAGGUUGCCAUCUCUGCUGAGCCAAGCCCUGUACACCAGCUUCUGUUGCUGCUUCCCACAAUCCUGGUUCAACACACAUGAAUUCAAGUCUGACAUCUGUAACACGAUGAGCCUAUGGAUUUCAGGUACAUAUCCUUACCCUCAGAGCUACAACAAUUGGGACUACUCAGAACUGGAUCCAGAAAGAUUCCGGAGAGAAGAAUUAAUGUUACAGAGAAGACUGAUAAAGGGAAGAGGAUUUUCUUUCUUCACUGGUAAGAGAAGUUCCUCCCAGAAGCCACUCCAGAGCAGAAAAUCUCUCCGCACUCAGGCUUCUAGUAUACGUUCAUCCAGGGAAAGAGGCUCUUCAGCCAAGCAGAAUUCAGAAGAAAGCUCACAAACACACCAUACCAUGAAAGAGCAUCACUGUCAGACCCUGGUCUUAAGGAAAGCUACACAGCAAGUCAAGAGAAUAUCAGAAGCAAGAGAACUUCAGAGUCUGCUUCCUAAAAAGGAAAACCCCUUCUCGGUCCCUGUCCUCCCAUGGGCCAUUCUGGCAGGUACUGGAAGUCAUGCUCCAAAGCAUGGCACCUGCAUUCAGGUCCCUGUGGGCUGGAGGGACCACAAGAGGACACAGGCAGCCAUCUAUGCUGGUUAG